AGGGCAGCAACUGCGCAAAGCAAACCCAGGAGCUGGUACUUGGGUACAGCCAGCCAGGUCUCCAUUUUCACCACAAAAGGCAUCCGUAAGCGCGGAUGAUUUGAAAACUAGAUUUUAUAAUCACCGAACGGAAUUAAACUACGGGCUGUCAAAGUGCUCUAAGAUGGUCAGUCGUUUAAAAAGUCAUAUUUCUUUCCAACGUCAUGUAAGGAUAAGACAAGGCUGGGAUGUACACAAUUUUCUCCAUCAAGUGUGUCCAGUAAACUUGGUGGACAUCAAUGAGGAGAAAAGCGGUAGAACCAACCAACACGCUCAGCAUCACUAUUGUAAAGGUAAUUAUCUACCACAGGAAAUACAAAAUAUGAUUCUGAAAAAUAAAAGGACAGAAAUCAUGGCCAUGCGGACUGUUAGUCGGUGGUGCGCGUGUAAUUAGACUAUUUUGACAGCAAAUACCGGAAGUUAAUUCAUUUGCGCACGUUAACUUGACGCUUAGUUGUGGUGGAAGCGGCCGUAGAACAAUGGACCGCGCCGGGGAGCACUCACCGUGGGACCGGCAUGUAGGGGGGAGAUGGGCGGGGAGCUGCCGUUUCCAAGGUGGAGAGCCGCUUUAAGAAUUACUUCGGGGUCAUAAACCAGGUCAUUUCAACAGGCAUUCACUAAAUAGAAAUAUUGUAUAGCUAAUUUACAGGAGCUAAAGGAAUCACUAAAAACCACAAAUUAUAGCCUCAGCCCACAAGGCGAAUCAGCAUCCUUUGUAUUAGUUGCAAUUUUGCGCGCCGUUCAUUUCAGGGAAAAAAUUGCAAAAGAUGUGCACCUCUUUAAGGGGAGAUCAACCUCCCCAAAAAUCUUUACAGUAAUAAAUUGUAUGUAGACCUACUCGUUUAACAUGGCAUUUGGAUUAAUAUUGAGUUUGUGACGUUGUGGUAAGAAGUAAAAUCCAUGCCAAAACAGGUGUUUUGGCAAUUUUGACAUCACAGUUCUCGGGUAACAACAAUCUGUCAUGGCUCAGCUUCAGAAAACAGGUGAUCCUUUAUUAGUCGUUUUUGAGGCAAAGGGGGAACUAUACUUUUGCUGACAAAAUAUUUUGCUUGUACUCACUACCGUAUGGUUUGAACAAUUCUCUAGCUGGACAUACAGUAAAUAAAAUUUAAAGGCCGCUACAAUUUGGGGGUGCUUUUUACUUCAGGGGUGGUUUACCUUUGCUAUGCUAUAUAGGCUCAAGCACACCCAAGUGCGAUCAAGCGGCUUGGAAAUGGAUGGAUGAGGAAUUACUGUACAUUAGUGAGUUGCCCAAUUGAGAUUAACUGAAUGACUUCCAUUGAAAGGUACCAAAAAGGGAGUGCCAAGCUUGCUGCUUGCUGGUGAGCGAUUGUCUUUCAGUUCUCUGCAAUUAAGUUGCAACGUACAGUUGUAGAUGUUGAAUGCGAAGCCACGUCCUGCCCUGCACAUCUACCGCUAAUUCGAUUGACGGUGUCAAUACACUCUAGCCCCCCCGCAGAGCUGCCCUUCUGUCUCUCUUUCAUUCCAAGUCACCCAAGAGGCCGUUGUGUAAAACUGCGCUGUGAGCAGCACCCAGCCUGGCUUGUGGCCCCAUCCCCUCCCCGCCAGACGCUUCUCAGCAGGAGCAGUCCCCCCCAAGGGACCCCUAGGCAGUGCUUGCACCCAAGCCUUGCACAAAAUAGUACACAAGGGUGACCGAGCUAUACAUGCAAAGGAUAUCUACAAAGCUUUCAGCUCUGGAAAGAGAAACUUGGUGGUGAGCAAACUGUCAGUGAAAGAGAAAGUUGUCAGUGAAAGUGCAUGGAGGGAAAGGAAGGAAGGCGAAAAUAGGGAUGAAGAUAAGAAUGGAAUUAGCUACUGAGGCAGGCGGUUUUGACGGAUUAACAUGUUGUCAGAGGCUGAUGGAUGUGAGCCUCCAGAAUCACCUCAGAUAUGUUAAGGGCAGCAGGAAGAAGGGCUUUGCAUUAGGUCGUAAUGUCAUUAUUGACAGUGAAACUAUCCAUCUUAACCAAUGUUGUGAUGUGCUUCAGCUCUAUAACUUAAGGAUAAAAGGAAAAUAAAGUGUCAGAGCCAGCAAUGCUUUCUCUGCUAGCCUAAACGCUAAUCAGAAGCACUGCCCUAUUUUACGGCCUUAAUUCUAAUAUUUGAUCCAUGUAAUUAUAUUAAUUUAUUUCCAACAGUCUAAUCUCUUCACUUUGUAGCAUUUCCAUCACCUUGCACAGCUUUCGCUAUGUAGAAGUUAGAUUUCUUUGUCUAAUCAGAUUUCAGCGUCAUGUGUUGCCAUGUCAGUCUAAUUUUGUGAAGGCCUUCAGAAUCAGUCUCACUUGCUAAUGCAACUUAAACUACAUCAACAGUUGGACUGUUUCUUGAACCAAACAGAUUUCACAUCACAGGCCGCCCAUCUGAACCAAAAGAACACUAGUAUUUUUUCAUCCUCUGAUUGGUUGAUCAGACCAAAAGUUCUUGCAGUCAAUUUGGAGUGGCAGAACACUCCUGUGGUUUACACGUUACGUUACUGUUCCACUCCAUUCCUGUGGGUGGCGAUAAUGCACUUUACAAAGUGAAUGCCGACUACUACACAAUCAAACCUUUUUCACUGCUAGAUCUGGUCGACUUUCAACACCCCAAGUUGACUUGAAGGGCAGAAGGUAAAAAUAAAUUCCUCACUAAGCAGCUCUGUCAAGAUUUCUCCAAAAAUGUAAUGGUCCUCCAUUCUCUGAACUCAUUCAAAAAGCACAGAAGACAUUGCACAAUGACUCUGACACCCCCCUCAGUGGAACCUGCAAGCAAAGGAGCUCAGAAUUGGGGCAGUCACAGUCCUGUUCACAUUUCAUCCAGACACUGUUGAGCCGGAGACAAAGACUUGAGACUCUGUUCAUGGGGCAUCAGAAUACAAUGGUUAAGAUGGAUCAAGCAAGUCACGUGCAGUCCGGAUAUGAACCUUUCGUCCUUUUUGGUGCUUUGCUGAUGAGAUUGAAUGAUGCCGCUGUCAGGGUGAUCUUCCAUGUCCGUCAGAGGGUCAUGCAGGGCAUCACUGUGUUCUCCAUGCUGGUGCUGCUCCUUUGGAUCUCCGCCUUUAUGUACGGGAGCUUCUACUACUCCUACAUGCCUCUGGCAGCUUAUUCAACUCCGGUGCACUAUUACUACAGGACAGACUGUGACUCUCCAAACUCUUUCAAGUGCUCAUAUCCCGUGGCCAAUGUCUCUCUGAUGAGAAGCAACAGACCUGUGUUGACAUUCGGCCAGGCCUAUCAAAUAACCCUCCAGUUAGACAUGCCUGAUUCUGAGACCAACCAGGAGAUUGGGAUGUUCAUGAUCAGGACAACCUGCUUCUCUCGUGACGGAGGUCAAGUGGCGACGUCCGCUCGUUCCGCGAGGCAGCUGUCAUCCGCUUCCAGCUCUCGUUUUAGCAUACUGCGAUACCAGUCGAACCUUCUGAGGACCAUGUCAACUUUGCUGUCCCUCCCGAUGCUCAUGACUGGAGUUGCUGAGCAGAAGCAAGUAUUGGAGGUGGACCUCUUCUUAGAAUACACAGAUGACCCAUACUCCCCCUCGACCACAGCAGUCAUUGAGAUCCUAUCCAGCAAAGUGCAGAUCUACUCGUCCCAGCUCUACAUCCAUGCCCAUUUCACUGGUAUAAGGUACUUGUUGUUUUACUUCCCUGUCCUGUCAGCUGUCUUGGGCAUGUCCAGUAAUUUCAUCUUCCUUAGCGUCCUCUUCAGCUACAUGAGGCUGUUGUUGAGCAGACCAGAGCAGGCCCAAAUAAAUGCAGCAAGCAGAUUGGGAAAUGGUGACAACCACAAUAUGCCUACUUAAGACGUUUUUAACUGUAAGCUGUUUGGGAAUGAUGACCAUCCCUCUCCUCAGCAUGAAAAGACAUUUAGUAUGCAUCCAUUGAAAGUAGUAAUGUGCUCCUUCGCUCUUGUUCUGUCACAUUCUAUGAUCGUUUAUUCCUGGAUUUUACUUGAGCUGCACAGAAAUUGCAUUGAAGUAAAUUAAAGGUCCGGGUGACUCAUUUCCUCGCAGUAGUUAUUUUGCAUUUUAUAAAGAUUUUGCUAAAUGGGGACUGUCUGGAAUUGAAAACACAUCACAUCACUUACAUCACUGUCAGAAGGACUCUCCUGGAAUUAUUUUUGUUUGUAUUUAAAUAUUUGUUCCAUAAUAUUGUGUAAAUUUAUCCUCGCCUGUAUACAGUAUCUGUUUAUUUUGUAUAUAAAUUCGCAUUGCACUAAAACAGCAACUCUGUCAUACGCAAGCAGUUCACUGGACAACUCGUAACAAACAUUACAAAGACUUCUUUUCCC